UAAAACCGAAGUUUACCCUUUGAUUCACGAUUAUCCACGUUUUUUCAAGAGAAAAAUUCUCGAAAGUUCAUAAUUGCUUUUUGCACCAUUCUUAGGUUUACGAAGCCUAGUACACAUUCUGAGUUUCUAUAAAGAAGCGCUCAAUAAUCGUAAUCAAAAUGGCAACAGGAAUUGAUAUUUCUCCAAAAAAUGACGGUGGAGUAUUGAAAGAAAUCAUCAAAGAAGGUACUGGCACGGAAACACCAUCGCCAGGAUGCAAGGUUAAAGUUCAUUACACUGGAACUUUAUUGGAUGGAACGAAAUUUGAUUCAAGUAAAGAUCAUGAUUCGCCAUUUGAAUUCAACUUAGGCCAAGGCAGCGUAAUUAAAGCAUGGGAUAUUGGUGUUGCGACUAUGAAAAAAGGAGAGGUGGCUAUGUUAACUUGUGAUGCCAAGUAUGCAUAUGGCAAAGCAGGCUCACCACCAAAAAUUCCACCUGAUGCUACUCUAAAAUUCGAAAUUGAAAUGUUGGAUUGGACGGGUGAAGAUAUUAGUCCGAAUAUGGAUGGAAGCAUUGAAAGAUUCCAAAUAGUUCAAGGAUCAGGCAGUGAUUACCCUAACGAUAGCGCAUUAGUAAAUAUUCAUUUGGUUGGUAAAUAUAAUGAUAAAGUCUUUGAAGAACGUGACGUUCAAUUCAACAUUGGAGAAGGUGAAAAUGAAGGAAUCAUUGAAGGUUUAGAGCAUGCUUUAAAGAGAUUCAAAGGAAAUGAAAAAUCUCGACUGAAGAUUAAGAGUAAACAUGCGUUCAAAAAAACCGGUCAUCCAGAAUUUGGUAUUCCACCUGAUGCUGAUGUUGAAUACAUUGUUGAAUUGAAAAGUUUUGAGAAAGCUGCAGAUACAUGGGCUAUGGACGAGGCCACAAAAAUAGACCAAGCAAAACUGUUUAAAGAGAAGUCAACAAAUUACUUCAAAGACGGUAAAACAGCUCUUGCCAUAAAAAUGGGAAACAAAGUACUUUCAUUUUUAGAAACGGGUAGUUUUGACGAUAAAGCUAAAGAGGAACGAGAUAAAAUUUUACUAGCAGGAUAUUUGAAUCUAGCUUUAUUUUAUCUCAAAAGUAAUGAACAUUUUGAAGCGAAAAAUGUUUGCACUAAAGCUUUAGAAAUGGAUAUUAAUAAUGAAAAAGCUUUGUUCAGAAGAGGUCAAGCUUUAUUGGCAUUGUCACUGCCUGAAGAAGCUAUAAAGGAUUUUGAAAAAAUUAAAGAAAUCGAACCAAAGAACACAGCGGCAAUAAAACAAAUUUCAGUUUGUAGCAGUAUGAUACGAAAAAAUCAUGAAAAAGACAAAAAAUUGUAUGCAAACAUGUUUGAAAGAAUGGCACGAGCUGACAAGCAGAGAGAAGAAGAGUUGUCACGUCAACAACAACAAUCAGAUGUUAUGCAAGGAACGUUAGGAGAAUGGGGACAAGAAGAAAGACCAGGAGGACGAGAUGCCACUGCCUUUGAAAAAGAAAAUCCAAACAUAUUAAUGUUAAACGCUAAUGGUUCGGGUGAAUUCAAUAACAUGUAAAUGCAAUUUAUUUGUUUAUUACAAAUCACUCUUUACUCUCCACUAUUUCUUUACUCCAUUUGAGCUUAUUCAAUCGUUUGAUAAUACAUUUUCUCCUUAAAUGUUCAUAAACAGUUAAAUUGUAUAACACUUUACUCUGCCAUAGAUUUAAUGAAGGAGACAUUUAAUGUGUUUUUCAUUUUUUUAUAAUAAAAUUUUACAAUAAUACUAUUGUUGUUAAAUCAUAGUAUAAAAAUUUUUUCAAAUCAUA